AUGCCUUCAGCUGCGAAUGCAAAAUCUGAAAAACCAGCCUCUUCGGAGGCGAUGGAUAAUUCACCUAUUCGACAAAUUAUCACGAUUAUUGAACACAAAAUCAGGAAUUUGGAGAAAAGAAAGAGUAAGCUGACAUCUUAUCGCGACUUGCAAAAGGCUGGGAAAGAGUUAAACUCUGAUCAGAGAGUAGCUGUUGCCAAGUAUGAUGAAGUGGCUCAAACUUUGGAGUUUGCGAGAGAUUUGUCGAAACAAAUUACAUCUAUUGCUACAGCAGCUGAACGAGAUGCCAAGAAGCAAGCAAAGAAGGAUGCCUGGGUGCGUUAUGCAGCUGACACUAAUAAGAUUCGGGAAGUCUUGUUGAUUCUGGAUUGCCUCAUGCAAAUGGGCAACUCGGAAGCUAGAGACGACUUUCUUAAUGGUACUAAUGGUGCUGUUAAACUUACUGAAGAGGAUUUAAAAAUCUUGGAUGAUUUGUACCCUGAGGUGACUCCCAAACAUGAGGUGGCGGAAGAUGGUUUGCCAGCUUUUCCCAAUCUAAGCAUCAAAGCGGCCGAGCACUUGUACGCCAUCAUCGACGGGAAACCGAAAGAAGUCCUGGGCACCACUUACACUCACAUCAAGGAGAUCGUUAACUCCGUACACGAGUGCGGAUACUUCGAUCGGGUCCCGGAGGCCGCGUGCGAGGUGGAGGAGAGCCAGGUCGCCGUCCCCGAGGAGCAGGCGCCGGAGCCGGUCGAGGAGGAGACUGAGGCGGAGCCGCCCGGCCUCUACCCGCCCGCGCUGCCCGUGCCGCCCGCGCCCGCCGUCGUGCCCGCGCCCGCCUACCCGCUGCGCCCGCUCCCGCCCAUCACGCUGCAGGAGGUCGAGCACGCCUACUUCUCCCAGCAGUAUCCCCAACAGAGACCGAUCGCCGAGGUGAUAGGCUCGCAGAACUUCUUCUUCCUCCAGGAGUCCGAGAUCGACAGCCCGGUCGGCACGCCCCAGCCCCCGGCGAUCCCCAACCGGGCGUCGCCCCCGGCGCCGAUCCCGACUCAGACGUUCACCAACCAGCACUUCGUCCGCGUGCCCGACGGCGGCGCGCUGCCGCUCCCGCCGCAGCCGCACUUCCCGCCGCACCCGGAGCACUCGUUCCCGCCCGCCGCCGCGCUGCCGCUGCCCGCGCCGCUGCUCCCCGCGCACGUGGCGCCGCUGCCCGCGCCCGCGCCGCUGCCGCCCGCCGCCCUCACGCCGCCCGCCCCCGCCCCGCCCAGCCCCGCCUCCCCGCCCGAGGACAGGAGCGCCGACGAGUGGAAGGACGCGCCCAGCCCCGAGCGCGACGACGGCGCCGACCGCAAGACCCAGGGCCAGGGCGACGGCCAGAACCGCUUCAGGCGCUUCAACCGCGGCGGCGGUCGCGGCGCGCCCAACGGCCACCGCGGCCGCGGCGCCUUCCCGAGCAGGCAGAGCGGCGACGGGUACCGCGGCCGACACGCCGGCGAGUACCAGAGCAGGGCCACCAAGGACGGCCACCAGAGCAGACAGUACGACGGCCACCAGAGCAGACACAAGGACGGCUAUCAGAACCGCACCGGCGACGACGGUUACUACGGCAACGGCGACGCGGGCGAUCACCGGGAGACCGAGAACGGCGGCCGCGACCGGUACAACGACAACGGCUACCAGGGCGGGUUCAAGAGCCGCGGCCGGGGCGGGCCCCGCGGCGGGUCCCGCGGCGCCCCGCGCGCGCCCCGCCCGCAGCAGUACAAUCGUAAACCAGAAAACGUCGAAUAGUUCACGUGGACCGCGACGAUGCGCCGCAUCGUUGGCGGCUGCGUCACCCGACUGUAACCUAUGAUGGACUAAAUCAUUCGUGGAAGGCAGAUUUCACCGGCAACAACGCGCUGUGGUAACAACAAACAGAGAUUAUGGUAAAAAAGAAAACUAAAAAAAAGAAUAAAAAAAAAGUAAAAUAAUAAAACGUGAAACUCAAUAAAAAAUAAGUUACUUGAAUUUAGAUGUAUGAUAUAUUGCAAUUAUUAUAAGUUACGUAAUUCUAGAUUCUUGUAUAGGUUAUGGUCACACAAGUGGCCAAAUGACGCGGCGGGAGCGGGCCGGCCGCCGCUUGUCGCAGUACCUCUUGCGUGCCUCGUCCUCGUGAUAAUUUAAGUACAGGAGAUGCACACAACUGAAACACUUGUCUUCUGGGACCUUUCCAAAUCUCAAUAAUCUUUGUACUUUAAUACAGUUUAUUUAAAUGGUAAUACAUAAUGUGUUAAGACAUUCUAUGUUUAUUUUUCAUGACCCAAUGAAACUUGAAACAUUUUAAUUUUGCUACUAUUAGGCACUACAUUUUUGAGUAUUUUGUUUUUAAGUAUGUAUUUAAUCUGGAAAAGUACAUGAUUGCAUCUUGUAAAACUAAUUUCAGAAAAUAUGAGGAGAAUUGAUUUUGCGACUUUUAAUGAAUCUGGUCCACAUGAUUCUUGUGAUUGGUAUCACUGUGGAGUUUUAUUAUUUUUGUUUUGUCUAAGCUUCCUCACAACAUAUUCUUAACAUUGUUCUCAAUAGAGGCUGUGUGCAAGCAAAUUAAAAGUAUUCUACAAC